UCCACUAUAAAUUAACAAAACGCAAACCCAAAAAUUUUAAAAAACCAAAACCAAAAAAAAAACCUAAUCUUCAAAUUAAUAAAAAAAUGUCAGCAAUUGUUUGCGGAAGCAAACGAUCAUAUGAUUACUACUUCAAUAAUGAAGACCUUCCUUCUCCUCCACUGAUAAAACGCCACCGUUGCGCCUCCUCAUCUCCUCCGCGCUUCUCUCCGUCUCCUCUCCUUCACCUUAAAUCUCUUUUCCCCCGUCUCGAUCCACAGUUUGUUGCGAGGGCAUUGGGAGAGUGCGGAAAUGAUUUAGAUUCAGCCAUAAAGAGCUUAAAUGAUUACUCUGCAAACCUGGAUGAAUCUGGGGUGAAAUCAGAGCAAGGUGCAUUGCCCAAUGAAGGAGAUGCUACUGCUGCUGCGCCAAGCAAUUUUCCUGUGCAAGGUGCAGAAUGGGUUGAUGUGUUUGUGAGGGAAAUGACAAGUGCUACCAGUAUUGAUGAUGCUAAAGCUCGUGCGUCAAGAGUUUUGGAGAUUUUGGACAAAUCUAUUAGUGCACGUGUUGCUGAAGAGACCACACAGAGUUUCCAUAAGGAAAUUGUGGUGCUAAAGGAGCACAUUGAAUCACUAAUCAGAGAUAAUACAAUACUCAAGAGAGCUGUAGCUAUUCAACAUGAGCGUCAGAAAGAUUUUGAGGACAAGAACCGAGAGUUGCAGCAGUUGAAGCAGUUGGUGUCUCAAUAUCAAGAACAGAUGAAAACCCUUGAGCUGAAUAAUUAUGGAUUGAUGAUGCGUUUGAGGCAGGCCGAACAAAGCAGCCCCAUCCCAGGACGUUUCAAUCCUGAUAUAUUUUAAUGAAGAUUCUCAAUUUGUGACAUUUUGGAAACACCUUAUGAGUGCAUUUCAUAUUCAGUUAAUGUAGAUUUAUGCGUCUUAGGCCGCCAAGAGUGUUCCGCAAUUCAAUAUAUAUGAGAGGCCUGAAGCUCUUAGUGUGGGCAUUUUGCAAUGGAGAUACAAGUUUGCUUUUGUUUUUCAUUUUAGAUUACUUUUGAAGCAAUUUGUGAGCAGUAUUGUGUCUUGUGAUCUUUGUUAUAUCAAGUCUCUCUUUCAAUUUUUUUCA